AUGGCGGACAUUGACAACGAGGUCGAGAAGCGCGAGGAAAAGCGACCAGAUGAUGCCCCAGAAGAGGAUGGCAAUGAUGAAGAGGAGAUCUCGGCCAUGAAGAGGCGCGUGCAGGAGAUGGAAGAGGAGGCCGCGAAAUUGCGCCAGAUGCAAGCAUCGCUCGACCGGGAACACCAGCAUGAUGCCCGCGAGAAUCGUGAGGACGUGGAUGCGCGCAGCAUCUUUGUCGGCAACGUUGACUACGGCGCCUCUCCAGAGGAGAUCCAAGCCCACUUCCAAUCUUGCGGAUCGAUCAAUCGUGUCACCAUUCUGCUGGACAAGUUCACAGGUCAUCCCAAAGGGUAUGCGUAUGUAGAGUUCACAGAACCCAACCUCGUCAAUCAGGCUCUUGUACUGAACGAUAGCGUCUUCCGAGGUAGAAACCUGAAGGUUGUCCCUAAGAGAACCAAUCUGCCCGGCAUGACACGAGGUGGACGCGGCGGCCGAGGAGGAGGCCGUGGAGGCCGUGGUGGCGGUCCACCAUACGGCGGACGCGGUGGAGCUCCUAGGGGCGGUGGCUACCGUGGAGGAUAUCGCCCUCGUGGUGGACCGGGCUACCGCCCAUACUAG